AUGGAAAAUGACCAAAACUCUGCUCCUGACAGCGUUCAGGCUGCUAAGCUCACUGCCUCGCGCAAGGGGCCUGAUUCACAGAGCGUCACCAAGCGAAGACGUACUUGGGGCCAGUCGGCUAACCAGCAUCAACUCGACAGCUUGCAGACGGAACUGAUGCAGCUCAUGACCUCACCGGCCCCCGGUAUCUCCGCCUUCCCCUCAGCCGACGGCAACCUGCUUUCCUGGACCGCCACCAUCGAGGGUCCCGACGCGACGCCAUACGCCGGCUUGACCAUGAAGCUCAGCUUCGACUUCCCCUCCAACUACCCCUACGCGCCGCCUACGGUCCUUUUCGUGACGCCCAUCUACCACCCCAACGUAGACUUUUCCGGCCGCAUCUGCCUCGACAUUCUCAAGGACAAGUGGACCGCCGCCUACAACAUCCAGACGGUCCUUCUCAGCCUGCAAAGUCUCUUGGGCGAGCCCAACAACUCCUCUCCGCUCAACGGCGAGGCGGCCGAGCUCUGGGACAACGACGCCGACGAGUUCAAGCGCAAGGUUCUAGCUAGACAUCGUGACGUGGAGGAUGAGUAG